AUGAUUAUAAUUGAUGGUAUAACCACAAAUGUAGUUCUCAGCACCCACGAACAGCAAGCCUUUCAGCAGAGCAAAUGUGACGGGAAAUUCGAACGGAAGAAGUUUCAGUCAAACAGUACCGGAUCUCUUAGCGGCCCUGACAGCUACCACAAUAUACUAUUCCAAUCACAUAUACCCCAUAUUUACGUAUUCGUGCUUGAGGCUCACUUGAGUGUGCUUUCGAGACUCGAGAGCUAUGCGUGGCGGAAAGCUAUAUCCGAGGCAGAUUUUGUUUACGAGAAUCUGAAGGAUGAAUUGAACAAGAUGCACGAAAGUUCAAGCGAGCACUCGAAGCAAAAGCCGUUCUCGAAUAUUAGAACGUUUGCGAAGUCAAAAUGA